GGGCUGUGGAGGGGACAUCGGUGAGAUCACAGGGUGUGAGGACCUGGGCUGAGGUGCAGAGUGGGGGGCUGGGAGGCCCCAGGAGCUCAGCGGCUGCUCCAGGCGCCACCCCAGACCUGCCCCGGCUGCGGAGGCCUCACUGACCUCCGCCCCACCCCACCCUCUGCUCCCAGCUCGCCAGGGAGAGGACGGGAGGCCAGCCAAUCCUGAGGCCGAGGCCACGCCCCCGGCCAGCGUGACCUGAGUCCAUAAAUACACCAGCCGGGACCCAGCCAGAGGACUCACACCUGCCUCAGCACGCACACCUGGGAGACACGCAACCCCUGCCCUCCACCCGCCAGGAACACGCAGAGGCGCACCUGCCAGCCAGGGCCACCGAGACAGCUGGCCACCAGCCCAGGAGGCACACCUGUCCGUGGAGCGCAGGCUGGCCUGGCCCGGAGGAGAGCAGUGGUGGAGAGCGAGGAGUCUCAGAGCCUGGCCCCGGCCGGCCAGGAGCACCAUGCCCCGGCCCCGCUGACCCCCGGCCGCCAGCCCAGAGCCAUGUCAUCACGCCAGCAGGUGUGGCACACGGCCAUGCCGCCCCCCAGCCUGAGCAGCCCCACGUCCCCUGUGCCCAGAUCCCCCAGCUCAGUCAGUGGCGCCAGGUCCCCCGGCUCGGUCAGCAACCCCAGGUCCCCCGGCUCGGUCAGCGGCCUCAGGUCCCCCGGCUCGGUCAGCAACCCCAGGUCCCCCGGCUCGGUCAGCAACCCCAGGUCCCCCGGCUCGGUCAGCGGCCUCAGGUCCCCUGGGACCCCCUGCUCGGAGAAGGUGGCCUCCCCGCUGGAGUGCUCCAUCUGCUUCUCGGGCUACGACAACAUCUUCAAGACGCCCAAGGAGCUGUCCUGCACCCAUGUCUUCUGCUUGGAGUGCCUGGCACGGCUGGCGGCUGCCCAGCCAGCUGGCCGGCCCGGCAGUGAGGCUGUGCCCUGCCCGUUCUGCCGGCAGCCCACCACCGUGCCCGCCGACGGGGCCCCCGCACUGCCCACCAGCCGCCAGCUGCAGGCCAAGAUGCCGGCGCACCUGCGGCGGGAGGAGCCCGUGUGGCUGGAGGGCACCAAGCUGUGCUGCUGCCUCCCACCCUCUGCGCCCGGCCCGGCGACGCCCGGCUUUGUGUGCGUGGACGUGGGCCUGAGCAAGCCCGCUGAGCCCGCGGUGCCCAUGCCCAGCCCCAGCCCCACCGGCCGCCGCCGGGGCCGCCUCGCCCGCUGCUGGGCCCGCUGCGGGGACUGGAAGCGCCUGGCGCUCAUCACGGCGCUGCUGCUGGCGCUCUUCUGCGUGGUGCUCUGGCCUGUGCAGUGCGCGCUCAGGACCGGGAGUCUGCACUGCCUGACCCGGCCGCCCCCCAGUGCCGCGCCGGCCACCGUCACCUACCCAGCCACCUUCCCUCUCGGGCCCCUGGCCGAUGACUAGGUUGUCCACGCUCCAUGCUGGGUCCCCGCCCACAGCGGGGUUGGGGUGCAGUGGCUGUUGGAAAUCCGUCCCAGGACCCCACAAGAGCCCCAGCAUCUCUGAGGACCCCACUUGGCUCACCUGACCCCACUCUGGGGCUGGGUCCUGAUGGCUCCCCAAAGCCUCCAAGAAUAAUAGGCUCCUAGGAGCCCCAGAGACCACCCCUAACUCCCACGAUGCAGUUGUGGAGACCGAGGCCCAGGCAGACCGCCUGGCAGGCCCCCCUGUAUGCACUGUGAAUCGCCCACAGGGGCAGCCCCUUGCCGAGCAGGGAGGGGUGCGCCGCCCUCACGUUCACAUUUCACACCCACCCGGCUCCUUCCCCGGGCAGGGCCGGCCCCUCCCGUGGGGUCCAUCCGACCUUCCUGAACUGAACGUUUUUAAAUAAAUUAUUUUGUAUCCACGUU